AUGGCCGAGUCAUCUGUCGCGAAAUCAUCCCCAAAGCUGGACGCGCAGACCAGCGCGACUGCCCCGUCGAGCCAUCAUGAUAAGCAAGACGGCGAUGUCGCUCCCGCUGUCAAUGCCUCUGGUCAUACCCAGGAGCUGAACCGAAACUUCAGCCUCCUGUCCCUCGCAGGUAUCGGCCUCAUCGUGGGCAAUGUCUGGCCUGGCGUGGGCGGGUCAAUCCUCGUCUCCAUCUUCAACGGAGGUCCUCCCGGUGUCCUCUACGAGUUCCUCGCCGUCUCCGUCUUCUACUGGAACGUCGCCGCCAGUCUUUGCGAGCUCGCCAGUGCCAUUCCCUCAUCCGCCGGUGUCUACCACUGGGCAUCCGUCAUUCCCGGCCAGCGCUGGGGCCGUUCAAUUGGCUUCUUUGCUGGUUGGUGGAACUAUCUCGCCUGGGUGAUGGGGGCCGCCAGUAUGUCUGCCAUCUUUGGCAAUACUGUUGUGCAAAUGUACGCCGUCACCCAUCCUGACUUUGUUGCCCAGGCGUGGCACGUCUUCGUGGUCUAUGUGCUCUUUACCUGGGUUGCCUGCGCUUCCGUGUGUCUUGCCAACAGGGCCAUGCCUGUGCUUAAUGAUUUUGGAGCUUUCGCCAUCGUCAUCUUCUUCAUCAUCACCAUCGUCGUCGUCGCGGUUGUGCCUGGCCUCGACGGCAACGCCGGCCAUGCUUCCAAUGCCUUUGUGUGGAGUGAAUGGGUUAAUACUCUCGGCUACCCUGACGGCUUCGUCUUCGUGAUGGGCAUGCUCAAUGGUGCCUACUGUGUCGGCCCCCUUGAUGCCGUGACUCACAUGGCCGAGGAGAUCCCCAACCCCGAGCGCAACGUCCCCAUUGCCCUGAUGCUCCAGGUUGUCAUUGGCUUCAUCACUGGCUUCAGCUUCCUGGUUACCAUCCUGUACUCCAUCAACGACUAUGACGCCCUCUUCACUUCGUCCUACCCAAUCGCCGAAAUCUAUCGACAAGCCACUGGUUCGCGGUCCGGCGCAGCCGGCUUGCUAGCCAUGAUCAUGAUCUUGAUUGGGCUCACAGUUGUCGGCCUGUACAUCACCUGCGGGCGCACUCUCUGGGCACUCGCCCGUGACGGUGCCACCCCUUUCCCCAAAAGACUGUCCCAUGUCAACGAGAAAUUACAAGUCCCCGUCCUAACGACCAUCAUAUCCGCCGUACUUGUCACAAUCCUCGGCGCCAUAUACGUAGGCAGCACGACGGCUUUCAACGCCUUCGUCGGCACCUUCACCCUGCUCUCCAGCAGCUCUUACGUCGCCUGCAUUCUCCCACACCUCCUGACCGGCCGAAAGAACAUCACAUAUGGGCCCUUUAGGCUGCCAGGCAUCGUUGGCUUCAUUGUCAACGGCAUCUCCUGUGCAUACCUCAUUGUCUGGCCGAUCAUGUACUGUUUCCCCUUCUCCCUCCCUACCAGCGCCCAGAGCAUGAACUACGCCAGUCUCAUUUGGGGCGGCUUGACCAUCUUCGUCGCCUUGUUUUGGUUCUUCAAGGCCAGGAAGGGAUACCAGGGCCCCAUUACGUCGGGAGGAGCCCUCUUUGGUGUUGAGUUUGAUGGUUGA